GAGAAGCUUAGACCUGUAAAGAGUGUACAUAGUAAGGAAGUCGCGUUUACAGUUUACUGUUUGCGCGUCAAAACCAUCAACUCUUUUUUUUCUCUUUUCUUCUUCACAUUUUCUCUUGAGAAAAAGUGAUCUGGUCCAAGAUACCUCGUUUUGUAAUUGAGUCCACACAAUUUUUACCUUUGACAACCACUUAUAACGUACAUAUUGUCGUUAUUUUUGGGUACCCUGUUUCACCCGUGAUGCCGCCAGCCAAGCGUCGCCCUAAUGCGCAUCCGGCGGGACAACCUCAAUCCAAAUCUGCCCGCCCUAACAAUGCAGCUUCUUCGCAGUCUUCAAGUCAACUUAUUGACCUCACGGCCCCUCCAUCGUCUCUUGGUCAUGCCAAUCGGCUACCACCAAGAUCCGAAUGGGCCGUGAUUGAUGAUGAUGAAGGCUUUCCUGACCCGAGUCAAAGCAACGAAGAUCCUUCUUCUUCCUAUGAGCUCUAUGGGACCUUAGACAACAAAAUCGUAGGCAUUCGGUAUUACAACGGAGUUGUAAAUCCGGGCGAGAAGGUCCUCUUGCGCCGCGAACCCGGCAACCCCUAUGACAAGAAUGCUAUUCGCGUUGAUAAUGCCAUGCGGAAUCAGAUUGGACAUAUACCUGCCACACUUGCGGCCAAGCUUGCACCAUAUAUCGAUAGCGAAGAUAUCAUCCUAGAUGGUGUUCUUACAGGCCACAAGGAAACUUUCACUUGUCCUGUUCGUCUAUUUUUCUACGGCACUAGUGACCCUAGAAACCGUCUCUUAUUAGAGGAGAAACUGAAAGCAGAUAAGCUUCUGAAAGCGACACAGCUCAAGGCUACUAGAAAAGAAGCAGAAGCCCAAAGGAAUGCUGCCAUGCGUCUGAGAUGUAAUGCAUCCACCGUAGGCUUGGGAACUGAAGAGGAAGAACAGGAACGGGAACAGUCACUCCAAGAAUUGGCCGCAGGCAGCGAAGCCGUACAGUUUAGAGGUGAUCUUCGCUCCGUCGACGUAUUCUCGGUAGACGAGGAUGCUCUUUCCAAGCUACCUAAGGCGGAUCAGCCCGCGACCAUCAAAUCAACACUGCUGCCAUACCAACUCCAAGGGUUAGCUUGGAUGAUAGCUAAAGAGAACCCGCAGCUCCCUGCCACAGGUUCAAAAGAAGUUGUGCAGCUUUGGAAGCGUCAUAGCAGCGGGAAUUUUCUCAAUUUGGUAUCCAACCAUAUUACUAACACACCACCACAAUUGGUCUCAGGCGGUGUGCUUGCUGAUGACAUGGGGUUGGGCAAGACCCUCCAGGUCAUCAGCUUAAUCAUGUCGAGCGGCUUUAGUGACGGUCCGACUCUCAUUGUUGCGCCAGUAAGUGUCAUGAGUAACUGGGAACAGCAGUUUGAACGACAUGUGCAGGAAGACCAGCGCCCCCGAAUUUUUAGAUAUUAUAAAGCUGGAACGUAUUCCAAGGAUGAAGUUUUGAAGCACGACGUCGUCAUCACGACUUACGACAAAUUGCGCAACGAUAAAUCAAAUAAAGGAAUAUUAUUUUCGAUAGAGUGGCGCCGGGUAGUUCUAGACGAGGCCCACGCUAUUAGGAACUUUUCGACUUCCAGGGCUAAGGCCGCAUUCGAGCUGAAGGCCAAAUCUCGUUGGAUGUUGACUGGCACGCCAAUCGUCAAUUCGCCCAAGGACUUCUUGUCGGCUCUGAAGUUCCUAAGAAUGACUGGAGGUAUCGAAGAGACUACAUUCUUCGUAAACAUGAUUGACAAACCUCUAUCCAGUGGUACAGAAGGGGGAGAGAAUGAGUUUAAGCUCGCCAAGCAGCUAUUCCAGUCGUUGACUCGAGACCUAUGCCUUCGUCGGAGGAAGAAUAUGAAGUUUGUUGACUUGAAACUGCCUGCCAAAACCGAAUAUAUCCAUCGCAUCAAAUUUAGGAAUGACGAGAAGCAGAGAUAUGAUGCUUUGUUGUCGGAAACUACGAAAGCGCUGGAAGCGUAUCAACAAGAAAGAGGAGGUCAAAACAACCGUCAAGGUCCCCAGAUACGAUUCACAAGUGUCCUAGAAAAGCUUCUUCGUCUCAGACAAUUAUGCUGCCAUUGGACAUUAUGUGGAGGCCGGGUGAAAGAUGUCUUGCGACCUCUCGAGAACAAGAAAAUUGUUGAUUUCACUCCGGAAAACCUCAAGAUUUUACAGCAAGCUCUUUUAGCUGCCAAUAACGAAGGCGAAGAGUGCCCGAUCUGUACCGAUGCAAUCAGCAUUCAUGACCCUAUUAUCACAGCGUGCAAGCACCGUUUCGGAAGGCCUUGCAUUGCACGAGCUCUAGAAAGAGAUAAGAGAUGCCCCAUGUGCCGCCAGUCGUUGAGCUUAGAGGCCAUUGUUGGACUCGAACCAGUAAAUACCGACAACCACUUUGACGGUGAUACACGAAGCUCAAAAACGGAAGCUCUGGAGAAAAUUUUGAAGGCAAGGCUCGAGGAUCCGGAGUCAAAGGUUGUUGUCUUCUCGCAAUGGACUUCGUUCCUCGAAAUCAUCGCAAAGCUGCUAGAUGAUGCCGGAUACAAAUACUGCCGUCUCGAAGGCUGGAUGACAGCGACUCGACGCGAUCAGUCCAUAGAUGCCUUGAAUAACGACCCGGACACGCGUAUCAUGCUAGCAAGUCUAGCCGCAAGUGGCGUCGGCUUGAACCUAGUAGCUGCCGAUACGGUUAUACUUGUAGAUUCCUGGUGGGCACCAGCUAUCGAAGACCAAGCCAUCGAUCGCGUGCAUCGCCUUGGCCAAACACGUGAGACAACAGUCUGGAAGCUAGUGAUGGAUGAUAGCGUCGAGGAGCGCGUUCUCAACAUUCAAGCUAGAAAGCGAGAGCUAGUCAGUCUAGCGUUCCAAGACAAGGCCAGAGAACAGAAAGACACAGGUCGCCUAGACGACGUUCGACAACUGCUUUCAUAACAUGAUCUCUUAAGGCUCCUAUUGUACUUAUGGCAGGCUUGGUCACUACAUUAGGAAAUACGUUCUGGUAGGAAUGGCGGCGUGGAAAAUAGAUGGAUGAGGGGUUAGAUCUAGAGACUACCCAUUGCUGCAAGGCAGGAUCCUUGUUUUGAUAUGGCACUAAAGAGUUUUGUAGAUCAGUUAUCCGCCAGCUCCAGGAUACUCUCGCUAGAUAAUUCCUAGGUACAGCUGAAUUUACUUCCAUUCCUUUAUCGUAUUUAGCGAGAUAUCAUAUCAGCGGUUUCUUUAAGUGAGCUGAGAGACGUUAAGGGCUGAGAGAUUCGGGGCAAAUCUCCGAACGUGCAGUGUACCUGUCUUGAAAUGUCAACGUUACAUGGGAUAAGGUACACUACCUAAGGUAAAUACGAUGACAUAUCGUAAUACUGUAGCCUUCUCCGCCGGCCAACCUGGAUUGCGGGGUGAGUGGGCAGUGACCGGCAAGCCAGCAACAGACGGGCGAGUGAUGUAUGCACGAUGCCAACGCAAAUACG